AUGCAUACAUUCAGCAACACCAGCAGCAGAAGCAGCAACAACAGCAACUGCUGCAGCAGCAGCAGCAACAGCACCACCACCACCAUCAGCAGCACCAUCACCAUCACCAUCUGCAGCAGCAGCAGCAACAGCAGCAACAGCAGCAGCAGCAGCAGCAGCAGCAUUAGCAGCAGCAGCACCACCACCAGCACCAGCACCAUCAGCAGCAGCAGCAGGCAGCAGCACCAACAGCAGCACCAGCACCACCACCACAACCACCACCACCACCAUCAGCAGCAGCAGCAGCAGCAGCAGCAGCACCAACAGCAGCACCAGCAGCACCACCACCACCAUCAGCAGCAGCAGUACCAGCAGCACCAGCAACAGCAGCACCACCACAACCACCACAACCACCACCUUCAGCAGCACCAGCAGCAGCAGCAGCACCACCAUCAGCAGCACCAGCAGCAGCAGCAGCAGCAGCAGCAGCAGCAGCAGCAGCAGCAGCAGCAGCAGCAGCAUGCAUGCAGAAAUUUUGAGGAGCAGCCUGGAGUGUUGGCUGCGUAG